UACUGGCUAACAAUAAAAUUAAUUUGUUCCAAAUACUUGAAAUCUUUGUCAAAGGCAAACCAAGCAGGGAGUAGUUCAGCUAUGGAGGCUCUGGGUCACCAAAAGGCCCUGUCAUUUCUCCUUACAACUGGCCUAAUAAUAACAACAUUUGUAUCAGAUCGACAUGCCACCAUAGCCAAAUGGAUGAGGGAAACAUGUCCAAAACUGUGCAAAGAAUUGGGAAAACCAGCCAUCCAGCAUUUCUAUGACUUGUGGCACAUUGGAAAAAGUAUUAAAGAUUCAGAAGAUCAUGAUUACAUUGGCAAAAGAAAAAGACUUCCAAAUCCUAGGAAGAUGGAAAAAGCAUGUGUGCAACAUUUCUAUUGGGCUGCUACAUUGACUUUAUCUGGAAUUGGAGAAGUUAAAUGGGCCAAAUUUGAAUCUUUUUUCUAUCACAUUUUGAAUAAACACAAAGACUUCCCAAAUAAGAUUUACAGCAGAUGCAGUCACAGUGAUGUCCUAAAGCCAAGAGUGUGGUUAACAAAGGGAUCUGUUGCUUAUGAAAAGUUGAAAGGUGCACUUACCAAAAAGAAACUUGUUAAAGCUAUCAAACAAGCAUCUUCUGUUGCCCAGACCAGCUGUUUGGAGGGAUACCAUUCAGUUAUUAAUCAUUUUGCACCAAAAAUGAUGCAUUUCUCUUAUUCUGGCAUGUAUUGCAGGUCCAUCUUAGCAGCAUUACAUUUCAACUUUAAUUUGCGGAGGGCUAGCAAGACUACACCGGAUUGAGAAACUCAUCUUCGGUUCACAUAUACAAAGUAUAAGGAGGGAGAAGGAACUGUACGCAAUGUUAGGGUGAAGCAAGACUUCUCAUACGAUGAAGAAAUUUACGACACUUUGCUGAAGACUCCAAGGAAAAAGCUUGAAGAAGUUGAAAAUGAAUUGAGGAGACACACUCCAGAGCCAAUGCACAUGAUGCUUUCUGAAAAGCAAGCAAAAGUUGAUGCAAUUACCUUGUUUCGUUCUCGAAAACGUAAACUUAACACUGACUGUCCCCCCACAUGCACAGAUGAAGAAUUACAAGAUUUGCUUGGUACAGGUCAAGAGCAUACAGCUAAAAAAAGAAAUCCAUUGUGCAAGAAAUGUACAAAGCCUAUGAAAGGUCACAAGAAGGGCAGUUGUCAAUAAUAUAAAUGCAUAUUUGUAAAUUUUUGGUCUUUCGACGACAAAUGAGAAAUUCAUAUUUCGAA